AUGGAUCACAGAGGUCUUUAUUGUCCAGGCGAGUUGGACGUGCUGUAUCAAGAUCAAAAUAGAUCAGAAACUACAAUUUGUCUGCCAUCACCCUCACCAGCAAAGCGAGGAUCAUCUUACUACCCCACGGCCGGCGCAAAGGUACUCGAAGAAUCAAAUCUCGAUCCCUUCUACCUCGAGGAAUCAUUGACCGCUACACCAUCUUGGAACCCUUACACAUCGGAAAUGCGCAAUGAUAGCUUUGAAGACGCAACCCAAUACUACCCAUUCUCCCUGACACAAAGCAAGGACAUCCACAACCCGCUACAGUACCCCGGACCAGAUCGCUCCACACUCGCACAGGUUGAGUUGGAGAACAGCUUGAGAUUCCACCGAUAUACUCCAUCAACGGAGGAACAUAGCCCGGUGCACAGCAGCCAGAUCUCAUUCAGCUCCGUCCAGACAGACAGCUCUACUCCCGACUUGACGCCUAGCAGCUCCUUUUCUUCUUCCUACGAUUCACCUAGUUGCCCUAACGCCGUCUUCGAGGCCACUGAACAGUUGUACAAGCACGCACGGCAGGUCCAGAUCGAGCCUAGUCGCCGGUUCUAUCUCCCUGCCUCUACACCACCUACAUACUCUCUUCCACCUCCCCCACCAGUGCCUGCUUUCGCCCCGGCGGAAAUUCGGUCACCCACAUCUUGCUUCCAACACUCAAACGACUCCACCACUACCAUCACCAUGGGCAACGAUGAUGUUACAGGGUCGACCUCAUCGAGGACCCGCCGUAGGAAGCAGCCUCCUGUCGCCCUCAAUCUAUCGCGUGCUGCGACUUCCCACAGCGCAUCUCGCCGAAAGCAAUCCAGCCCUGGAACCCGCCCUCCUCCUCUCGACCCUUCCAUGAUCUCUCCUCCAUCACUGAUCAACCCAGUCACCAUGGAACCUCACAGGAACCACUUUGACCAAUCUUUCUUCAUCCCCGCCAACGACUGCCCUAGUCCUGUUCCAAGCCCUGUGACUAGCUCCCCACCUAUCUCCCGCCAGUGGACACGAACCUCGAUGGAUCGGCCUUCAAUCUCUACCAUCGACGCAUUCUGCGAACAGUCCGUUUGGGAGUCUGAUUCUGAUUCUGAGUCUACUGGCCGUAAAUCCAUGUCCCGCCGACCCAUCGACACGCUGCGCAAGGUCCGAAGCCGUGCUAAGCUCCGUGGUACAAAGUCACAGCCUAGACUACAUCAAACCAUGCUCGAGGCUCAAACAUCUGAGCAGUUCCCGUGCAUGCCAGAGGAUAUGGGAGAGCCCAGUAUCGAAGCUUUCCGUCCUAGCAUGGACCGCCCCCGCACUAGCAGAGAGGCCGGGCGGUCGUACAGCGGCCUGAACACAUUACGCCUCGUUGCCCCUUCCUCCACCUCUCUGGCUCGCACUCCUCGUUCUCGCAAGAACAGCAGUCUCAAUAGUUCCGACGUUGACCGCUCCGCAGCUGCUGCUUUCCAGGCUCAAUUCCGACGUCGGCAGCGUUCUGAUUCACCCGCAUACUCUAAUCCAAACUCUGAGAAGGGCGAAAAGGAGCAGUUGACUUCGUUCUGCUAUGACCAGCAUCCCCAAACCCCUCUCAAUGGAGUUCGGGAGCAAAGGCCUCUCUUCCAGCGUUUCAUGAACUCACUUCGUUCAUUAAAUUGCCAGAAGUCCCAAAAGUCUUACAAGAAGAGCAAUGUUAACACCAUCUGA